AUGCUUAUUAAAAAUGAAGACAGUAGCAAUUAUCUUCUCCAUUUUAGCUAUAAUAGCCUUAGCAAUGUUAAUUUAUUUCAUUAUUUAAGAACAGAUGGAAAAAAUAAUUGUGUAAAGGUAUGUUCCAAGAACAGUAGAAAAAAGCGGGAGGAUAAAAAAAGUUCUAAUAGGGAACUCCACAUUGGAAGUAUUGACAAUGGGGUAAUAAACGACGAACGAAAGCGGAAAGGAAGAGAAGCUCAGGAGGAGGAAGAAGAAGAGCAACAACGGCAAGAAGAACAACGGCAAGAAGAACAACGGCAAGAAGAACAACGGCAAGAAGAACAACGACAAGAAGAACAACGACAAGAAGAACAAUACUUACCUAAUUAUAUGUCAUUAUUUUCCAGAGGAAAGGAAAAAAAUAAUGCGGACAAUGAAUUCGUAAGAAAUUCCAACGGCUCUGAACAGAAGGGGAAUGAUUAUAACUCCCAGAGGAGCAGAGACAACAUUAAGAGUGGCAGCAUAAUGGACAACUCAGGGAUGUCAAACAAGUUCAAUUUGGUUUAUCAUGAAUCGAUGAAAUCAUUUUAUGAAGGCACAAAUACACACGUAGAAAUUCCAGUGAUAAUCCCUUGUGGAAACAAGGAAGAUGGAGGAAUCUACUAUCGCUACCUUCCUCCGUGUGAUAGUUCAAUGCAUGUGAAAGAAAACCAAAUGCUGGAAAAAGAAGCAGAUAAGAUCAACGCGAGCGUGAUUCAUAUGACUGAAAUGAAGAAAGAAGAGGAUGUUCUGCAAAAAAUUGAAAACAUAAAGAACUUCAUAAGCAACCGUUUGGAAAACGUGAAUCAAAAGAAUAACAACGUAUUUUUGAAAAAUAUGAACAACAUUGAUGAAAUUUUGAAUUAUAAUUUUAAUGCCAUUAGUCAAAAUAAAAGCACUUUUGAUCCAGUUUCAUUCUCCAAGCAUGAUCUCUUUCUUAGUCAUGUGAUACCAAUUAUGAAAAAGGAAUAUAGCAGGACGGUCUAUGGAAAUGAAAGGUUCACGAGUGAUGGGAUCAAAGACGAGACGAGCCCUUCCAACCAAUCUGAAAAAACAUAUUGCCAGUGUAAGGCAAAGAAGAUAGAAAAAAUCAGCAAUGGAAGAAAGACUCACCCUUGUUGUUCUUACCCAGAAAAUAAAAUGGAAUGUGUAAAAGUUGCUAGAGAAAGAAAAGAAAUGAAUAAAGUACUUGAAGAGAACAUUCCUAUGGAAGUACUUUCCACAUCCAUAGAUUCAUCUUAUCCCUUCAUGUAUGAACGAAUAAAAAAAAUAAUAUGUGUAGAGGAACCUGGAAUUACGCAUAAAUGUGUGUAUCCACCUAACAAUAAAGAAGAUCAUACAAAAGAGCUGUAUAUUCCAAAGAGUAAUAUUCUAUUCAAUUCAAAAUUUGAAAGCGGGAAUUUACAAUAUGCAGUAAAGGAGAAGGAUAAAGAGGUUUACUCAUUAUUUAUAAAUCAUGACAUAAAGAUGAACGAGAAAAAAAAUCAGUGGUUUUAUUUCAGUGCUAGCUAUGUUCCAGAUGAAUAUUACAAUACUAACCAUUUUGAAAGGGAGGAAAAAAAAAAAAAAAAAAAAAAAAAAAAAUAUGAACAAAGAUGUAUGAUAAAUCCGUUUGUUAACCAGAUUAAUAAAGAAAUAAAUCUACAAAAUGAUGGAAAUGUCAAAUUUUCAACAGAUUUCACAAACAAAUUUCUAGUCCGUAAUGUUAAGAAGUUAGAAAAGGCAUUUCCUGUAAAGUUUAAAAUAGAAAAUAUGUCUAAACCAGAUUUUUUAUAUAAAAAUGGACAUUCACCCUUAGUAUUUUCAGAAUGCAAAAAUGUAAUGGAAAAUAUUCAAUGGCAAAGAACAGCAUAUAAUGUUCGAUAUACAAAAAAUGAUUGUUCAAAAUAUUUUAACCCAAAAAAAAAAGACUUUGAAAAAUUAAGUUAUUGCACAUAUACAUUGGAAUUUUGCUAUGACUUUACCUAUUCGUAUGAAACUGUUUAUUUCGCUAGUUCUUACCCGUAUACCUUUACCCACCUAACCCACUACUUGCGUUGUAUUCAAAAUUAUGUUCACAUGAGGAGGGAGGAGCAACCUAAUCAGCAUCAGAAUGGGGAACAGAACCAGAAGCAGAAUCAAACGGGGCAGAAAAAAAGGAGCAAAAUUAAUUACAUAGAACGAAUUCUGUGCAAAACGACUCUCGGGUUUCACUGCCCAAUAUUGGCAAUCACGAAUUAUGACAAAGAGGAUCAAACAGAUGCAGAUUCGUGUAGAAGUGGUGAAGCGAUAAAAGAUUCAGACGAAAAUGGUGAAAACGGUGAAAAUGAUGAAAAUGGUGAAAAUGAUGAAAAUGGUGAAAAUGGAAAAAAUGGUAAUUUUUCGAUUACCAAGAGCGACACACCGUUAGUUAAGGAGAGUCUAUGCAAACCAUGUGAUAGAAUAGAUGCAAGUGAACAUUGCAUGGAAGGAGCAUCUAAUGGGGAACCAGCUUCAACUAAUUUGAGGAACAAAGAUGACGAUAAGUUAAUUGAUUUUUUAUCGAACGAAUGCAAUGUGUGCAGUGGCAUUCUUUGCGAUAGGAAUCAUAUUCAUAAUGAAGCACUAUGUUUGUACCAGUUAUGCAUGUCGGAAAGAGUAAAAAAUCAUGCAGAAAGGUUGAAUAUGAAUUCAGAAAAAUCCAACUCGAGUCGAAACAACUCUGUAAUAUGGCCGAGUAAUUCUUCAAAAUGGCCCAAUAACUCUUCAAAAUCAUCCAACCACUUUAUGAAUCAGUUUAAGCGUAUGAUGGAAAGGCAUUUUGCACAUCCAGAGCAACGGAAUGGAAGGAAUGUGGAUGCAGUGAAGAGAUCAAGCACGGUUGAAUCCACUCAUGAAAUGGAAUCAGCCGUGCCAUCUCAUAACGAAGAAAUGGUUACGUCACCCAAUUUAAAUACAUCAAAUGCACAAAAUGAAUCAACCAAUGGAGUACAAAGGGAAGAAAAGAAAAUAAUUUUUCUUACAGCCCGAGUGCAUCCAGGAGAAACAAACGCUAGUUAUGUUAUGCACGGUUUUUUAUCAUUUAUAAUUUCAGAUAAUAUAUAUGCAGAUAUUCUUCGGGAAAAUUAUAUUUUUAUAAUUAUACCAAUGUUAAAUAUCGAUGGAGUUGUUAUAGGUCAUAACAGAUUCUGUUCAAAUGGAUUCGAUUUGAAUAGACAAUGGAAUAGACCGAUAUAUUAUUUGCACCCAUCAAUAUAUACAGCAAAAUCACUUAUAAAAAGAAUUAACAAAAAUGGAAAAAUCAUUUUCUUUUGUGAUUUUCAUGGGCAUUCAAGAAAAUAUAACUCUUUUCUAUUUGGAAAUGCGGAUAGUCGAACAUUUGUAAGAAGUAGAAAAAUGGCUGAGAUUUUUCCUUUCAUUUUGGCUCAAUCCAUUCCAUGGUUUUCUCUUGAAGAAACAAAAUUUAAAAAUGAAAAUCUGAACAGAGGAAUAGCUAGAUCUACAGUAGGAAAUAAUUUUAAAAUUGAUUGUAGCUACACAUUUGAAAUAUCUCUCAUAGGGGCUCAGUUGAAAAGGGGCUUCUAUUGUACACCAUCUACUAAUCUGGCAACAAUUUUUUGUGAAAAAAGUUGCCAAGUUGAGAUAAGUAACAAUGUUCAGAAAAGUCUUAUUAACAACUUUAGCGAUGAACCAAGUUCUUGUAACAAAAAUGGGAGAAAUCACACACCUUUUUCUGCUCACGUGGUGAAAGAGAACACUGUCAAAGGAAGAUUUAUUACGAAUAGUAAUUCAUUGUUUGCAAAGGGAGAAAAAAACACACAUGAUGAUUGCAACAAUUUUGUACAGGGAUCGACGUGCCAGUGCAUGUGUUGCAAGAAAAUGCACGUCAAAUGGAUCAGGGAAAAUGGGAAAGCGGGAAACAGGAAAAUAAAAAAUUGUCACAAUAGCGAAGUGGAAGCGGAAGCGGAUGCAGAUGCAGGAGUAGAAGAACGUCCUGGGUGUGAAAGUGAGAAGCAGAGCGACUUUCUUUUUUAUGACGAAAAUAUGUUACUGUUGACAGGAAUUAGCUUUGGGAUAAGCCUUUUCAAAUUUUUCAAUUUCCUCUCACAUCAUGCUGCAUCUAUAUGCACAGAAGAAAUCCAUCAGGAUGGUGAGCAGAAGUUCACGGAAUCUCCGGCUAGAGUGGCACCGACAUUGGAAGGGAAGUUGCCAACCAAAUUGCCAACCAAAUUGACCACAAAAUUGACCACAAAAUUGACCACAAAAUUGACCACAAAAUUGACCACAAAAUUGACCACAAAAUUGCCAACAAAAUUGCCAACAAAAUUGCCAACAAAAUUACGCAUUGAAUUUCCGACCAAAUUGCCUGCGAAAUGGUUUGGAACAUUAUGCACAAAAUCCCCCACGAACUUGUGCAUGGAGAAACGUUCCUUCGAAAUGACACCAACUACACGUCCGAGUGACAUGAAUAAGAUGCAUAAGCAUGAAGGAGAAUUAACACAUCUUAGAAACAACAUGAGCAAUUCAGAAAAAGAAAAAAAAAAAAAAAAAAUUCCAAUUGUAAAAAAAAAGAUGGUCAUAAAAAAUGAUACAGAAUUACAAAGCGAUUCAAUUCUACCCAUUGAUGUAGCGGAAAAUGUUGAGAAAUGUAAGAACCCUUUGAAAAAUAUUAGAAAACAUAGCAAGGUUUACCAGACCAAAGAGGGUAAUACUGAGUCCGCUUUCCCAUUAAAAUUAAUUUCUCUUUAUGCAAAUAAUAUUUCCAAAGCUCACGGCACAGUGGAAGCACUCUGUGCUGAUUCUGUUAAUUACCGUUCUAAUGGUGUAAAGAAUGCUAGCCAAAACGAGGGGAAUCAAGGGGUAGGUAGAAGCAGCAAAAUGGGGAGAAGCAACAAAUUGGGGAGAAACGGCAAAAUGGGGAGAAGCAACAAAUUGGGGAGAAGCAACAAAUUGGGGAGAAGCAACAAAAUUGGAAGAAGCAACAAAAUUGGGAGAAGCAACAAAUUGGGGAGAAGCAACAAAUUGGGGAGAAGCAACAAAAUUGGGAGAAGCAACAAAAUUGGGAGAAGCAACAAAGUGGGGAGGAACAGCAAAAGUGAACAUCUGGUAAUGAAAGAAAACGAAGCGGUGUACAUGAUUAGCCAUGAGAAACAGAGGAAAGAAAGAGGAAAAAAAAAGAGAUGCAGAAGAAUCAUUCACUUAUCAAAAAUGAAACAAAGUAUAGAAUAA